AUGGCAACAACCGAUCAAGCCAAAGUUCCUGUUCUACAUUUUCCAUAUUCUUCAAUUCAAUUUAUAGCUGAUUCAAAUCAAUGUCAACAUCUAACAGAUGAAUGCAUUAAAUAUUUGACAUUAGAAGCAACUGGUGUUGUACGAUUUUUAUUACAGGACGCACUUAAAUUCACCAGAAAAUGUCGUCGAACAAAAAUGAUCACAGAGGAUUUUGAAUCAGCAAUGAAAAUGCGAUAUUUAGAACCGAUUGUAGGAUUUCGUUUAUCAAAUGGAAACUUACCAUUUAAAACCACAACAGCAGUUGGCACAAAUCAUCGUGAAGUUCAAUGUAUUGAUGAUCAUGAAUUACAGCUUGAUCAAGUUAUUACUGCACCAUUACCUAAAAUACCAUUUGAUAUUUCUAUACGAACACAUUGGCUUGCCAUCGAUGGUAAGCAACCCACAAUUAAUGAAAAUCCAGAAAUUGUUUCCAAAGCUGAUCUAACCUCUGAUUCGUUAGAUCCCAUGAAGUCAUUAACGAAAAAAAGAUAUAAUCUUGAUGCAUCAAAAAUUAAAACUUCAAAUCCGCACGAACUUUCAUUGGAGCAACAAAUUUAUUACAAAGAAAUCACGGAAGCGUGUGUUGGAUCUGAAGAACAAAAGCGUCAAGAAGCUAUUGCUAGUCUAUCGACGGAAACUGGACUUCAUCAAAUUUUACCUCGAAUCGUUUUAUUUAUUUCUGAAGGUGUUAAAGUUAAUUUAAUGCAAUACAAUUUAGCAAUAUUAAUCUAUUUAAUGAGAAUGACAAGUGCAUUGCUGGAAAAUAAAUCUCUAUAUUGUGAAAAAUAUCUUCAUCAAUUGUUUCCAGCUAUAAUGUCAUGCAUUUUAGCGAAGCAACUUUGUGCUAGACCCGAUACAGAUAAUCAUUGGGCAUUACGCGAUUAUGCUGCAUCACGGUGUGCUCAAAUGGUCAAAAUGUUUUCAGCUAAUAUUCAUGGUUUACGCAAUCGUAUUGUACGAAUAUUUUUACGGACAUUCCAAAGCGAACGUUUACCUCUUGUUACACAUUAUGGAGCACUUGUUGGUUUAUGUGAAAUGGGCCAAGAAGCAAUCGAAGAAUUAGUAUUUCCCAUAAUACGACCGCUUGGUGAUCGUAUUGUGAAAUCACAUGAAAAUGCUGCAUUGUCUUCUAUGGAUAAAAUAACAAUUGAUCGUAUUAAUGGUGUUAUAUCAAAAUUUAUUCCAACUGCUUAUCGUACGUCACGUCAGCCGUCGGAUGAGCUUGAACAUUUUAAACAUGAGUUUGGUAGCUAUUAUGGACCUCGCUUACAUGCGCAAAUCAUUCAACUACGUCAACAGUCGAGAUCGUCUUCAUCACAAUCUUCACAAAAUCGUCAGUUUUCUUCAUCGUCUGGUUCUAAUUCUCGUCCACCAAUGUUAUUGCCAGGUCAAGCUUCUCCAUCAUCAUCACAUCAUCAAAAUCCUGGCUCAGUAACUCCAUCGCGAUCACCAGUUCGUCCACUGAAUCCUUCGUUGUCUCGGCAACAUCCACAAUCGUCAACUGUUUCAUUGACACCAGCUAAUAGUCAUGAAAAUGUUAUUUUGUAA